GCAUCAACUUGAAUAACUGAAGAUCGCUCAAAUGGCUGAACCUCAGAUUGACGGUCAAGAGAAGCCUACGCUUGCUUUCUUGGGCCCUGUUGGCACAUAUUCUCAUCAGGCUGCAUAUGAUAGAUUUGGAUCAACGGUGACUUACUCCGAAAGGCAGACCAUCACUGAUGUCUUCCAUGCCCUGUCGCCCUCUGUCCCACUGGCUCUCAUACCACAAGAAAAUUCAAUUCAUGGCGCUGUCAUCGAUACGUAUGAUCUGCUUCGCUCGCCAUGCAUGGGGAAAACCAGCUUUGUUCGCGGAGACGUGGUAUUGAGUAUCAAACACUCGUUAGUAGUCAGGAAGGGUGUAAGGCUGGGAGAGAUCCAGCACGUUUUAAGUCACGAGCAAGCUUUAGGACAAUGCAGGGCCUUUCUACGGGAACACCUGCCUACAGCUUCUCUCGUCCCUUAUGCAUCUACUGCUGGAGCCGCUCGAGCUCUCCUGUCUCCCUCUAUUGAUGGCCUCGAUCCCCUCAAAUGUGCAGCUAUCUGUUCUCGUGUGAUCGUUAGCAUAUUGCCGGAAUUGGAGAUUUUAGAGGAGGGUAUCCAGGAUAACAAUGUGAACUACACUCGCUUUUAUCUCCUGGCAUAUAGUGAUCAUACCGCGAUACCACCUCCAUCUACCGCGCCACCCACCCAAAGACAUGCGUUAGUUCGCAUAAGCUAUCCACCAGGUGCAAUGGCCGAAAAACCCAGAAACCAAACCCGUCUAUUGAAUGCACUCGAUUUAUAUGUCAUACGACUGGAUCGCCGACCGUCGCCUUUACCGAUCCCUUUCCAUGAUGUAUAUUUCGUGGAGGUAGAAGAGGAAACGAUGACUGAUCCAUCGUGGACUAAUCAAGUUAUGCGAGGCAUACAGAGAGUGAGCAAGCAGGGUGGGGAGGCUAACCUUUUGGGGAUGUGGUAAUUUAUGAAGAUUAUAUAUCGUACAACUAACUAUCUUGGACGUACUAAAACAAACUGCAGUGUCUGGGAGACGAGGACGUGCGACUCGCAGUGAAGAUAGAUUCUUUCCGACUAAAGCAGCCAUGGAAAUCUUAUCAUUUGACAUAGCCCAAUGACUGAUUAUGACUCGACCCAGUCUUCAUAUUACCACAUAUAUAACAUUCACCGCUUUCAUUCAUAGCACGUCC